UAAAUACCAGUCCUGGGAGCCAGCACAGCACCGAUCCUUCUGAGCGGACCCCAGGGCAAACCCGACAGCACCCCACAUAGAUGAAAGCAAAGAGAAGCUACAAAACUCCAGCCAUGUCCACAUCCCUGCGAGUGAGCCCCUCGGUCCACGGCUACCGCUUCGACACAGCCCUGCGCAAGAAAGCCGUGGCCAACAUCUUUGAAAGCAUCAAUGAAGAGUCCCUACAGAAACUCUUCAAAAACUCCGGGGACAAGAAGGCAGAGGAAAGAGCCAAGAUAAUCCUCGCCACCGACCAGGACCUGGAGGAGAAAACGAGAGCACUAAUGGCUCUAAAGCAGAGGCGAAAAGACAAGCUGCUCCAGUUCCUGACGCUUCGGAAAUACUCCAUUAAAGUUCACUGAACGGGCGAAGGGAGCAGAAACAGAGGAGAACAUUUUGGGACGGGACUGUUUGUGUCCUCCUACCGCACACGGCACGCUCUGCUCCCCACGAGCUGCUGGCGGGAUGGGGCACCUGACAGACCGCCCGCAGGGCUUCAGCCCCACCGCGCACGAGCAAGCACCGGCGCCGACGGCAGCACCGGCACCGACGGCAGCACCGGCACCGACGGCAGCACCGGCACCGACGGCAGCACCGGCGCCGACGGCAGCACCGGCACCGACGGCAGCACCGGCGCCGACGGCAGCACCGGCGCCGACGGCAGCACCGGCACCGACGGCAGCACCGGCGCCGACGGCAGCACCGGCGGCCAGAGGCUCCCAGAGGGAGGGCAGCUCCCGGCAGGAGGCAGCCGGGCGACCGAGCCGUGGGGGGACCCCGUGCCUGGGCACAACUUGAGACCUUCCGAGGGACUCGGUGUUUACUGACUUCACCUGCGUGCUUUGCCUUUUCAAACUUGUUUCCUUAAAGCGUGAGCCCUUGCUAAGCCUCGCUGUGGGCUAGGAGGGAGGUUCUAGAGACUGAUCAGCUACUGAUCAUUAAUCACUUUGCAUUUGUUAAAAAUGCACGUAAACGCACCGUGUGGGUGCAGUAAUUCAACCUUCAGGGAAUGCAUUUGCUCUAGAGACGCACUCCGCAACUCUACCUUUUCUUUCUCAAGCUGUAUAUGUGCAGUAUAAAUUGUUUGCACAGAAGCAAUAAUAAUGACUAUUUCCCUGAAUUUACUGUGAAGUUCCUUAAUAUUUUGUUCACUUCCCGUUAACACUAAAAAUCUAAAUAUCAUACCUGCAGUUCUUAUUUGUGUAGAUUACAAUAGCUAUUAGAUGAGUACUUCACGGUAAUAUUUCAUGACAACGCUGUUGUUACAUCGACUAUAAUUUAUUGCAUAUGGUGAUCCGAAAUCUAAUAAAUUAUAAAGUAAAUGUAAUUUCUCUUGU